UAGCAUUAGCAACACAUAGCUAGGCGGAGGCGCAACAAGCUCCCACUGAACGCCGAAAUAAGUACACUAUUUUGAUUUUUUUCCUUGGAAUUUGCGAAACUAGUUUAUGAAUUUUUAUCCCUGGACUAACAGUUAAACCUGACGUGGCCCAAAAGAUAUGGUGAUGGCGUGGUCAUGUGUACAGCCAGCACUGUGUGUGUGGAGAUGGUUUUAACAGACGCUGUUCUGGAGGACUCAGGAACACUGCACUGGCCUGGAGAAGCCUCAUAAACAAACAUACACGUACACAACACACACACACCUGUACACAAGGAGAUUUGCACACACACCACGCCACCGCCGUGCCUUGAGAAAGGACACAGACGCACGGACACAUAACACAAGCUUCACCUGAAGCCACGCACACAUAUACACUGUGUGUGUGUGUGUGUGUGUGUUUGCCUCGUCACACAAACAUUGGUUGAACAUUUUCUUCAUUCCCGUCUGUCCCAUCUCCACCGCCACCAUGCCAAGGUCCACCAUCCGCCGGCAGAUGAAGAACAUGGUGAACAACUACUCUGACGCAGAGAAAAAAGUCAGAGAGGCCACUUCCAAUGACCCCUGGGGCCCGUCGUCUUCACUCAUGUCCGAGAUCGCCGACCUCACCUACAAUGUGGUCGCUUUCAGCGAGAUCAUGAGCAUGAUCUGGAAAAGGCUCAACGACCACGGCAAGAACUGGCGCCAUGUCUACAAGGCGCUCACGCUGCUCGACUACCUGAUCAAGACGGGCUCGGAGCGAGUGGCGCUGCAGUGCAAAGAGAACAUCUUCGCCAUCCAGACUUUGAAGGACUUCCAGUACAUUGACAGAGAUGGCAAAGACCAGGGCAUAAACGUCAGGGAGAAGAGCAAGCAGCUUGUGGUUCUACUCAAAGACGAGGAUCGUCUCAAAGGAGAGAGGUCUCAGGCUUUGAAGACUAAAGAGCGUAUGGCCCAGGUGUCCACCGGGAGCAGUCAGAUGGGCUUUGGCCGAGGCUCAUCUCAGCCUAACCUCUCCACUUCCUAUAGUGAAGAGUACGGCAGGUCAGAGGGCUCACCUGCAUCCUACCAUGGCUCCACGUCUCCCAACGCGGGUUCAGAACUGGAGCAGGCCAGACCUCAGACCAGCGGAGAGGAGGAGCUCCAGCUGCAACUGGCUCUGGCCAUGAGCAGAGAGGCUGCAGAGCAGGAGGAGCGCAUACGCAGAGGGGACGACCUGAGACUACAGAUGGCCUUGGAGGAGAGUAAGAAAGGAGGAUCAGAUUCAGCAAAACUGCCCAAGAAGAAGAGAGAGCCACAGUCAACUUUGAUGGAUCUGAUGGAUGUCCCAGAGCCUGGUGCCAGUGCUGACCCCUGGGGCGCAGGGGCCGGAGCGGGAGCGGGAGCCGGAGCCGGAGCCGGGGCAGCCGCUGCAUCAGAAGACCCCUGGCAGUCUUAUGGGUCUGCACCUAAGCCAGCAGCCCCAGUGGACCCAUGGGGUGCUACUCCUUCUGUCCCACCCAUGAAGAGCAGUGAUCCCUGGGCAUCAAACUCCACUCCUGCCGCCGAUCCCUGGAGCUCUGCAGCUGCCCGCCCUAAGACUUCCAACACAGGUAGCUUUGACCUGUUCAGUGCAUCCAACGGUACGUCUAAAGAGGACUUCUCAGAAUUUGACAGCCUGCGCUCUUCCUCCUCUGUUCCCACUGGUGAUGGGGGCGUAGCAUCCUCUCUCCCCUCCCAAGGCAGUCUCGCUAGCAGCGGCAGCCUGGACCUCUUUGACCCCCUGCCCACCUCCACGUCUACAUCUGCCAACCCAACUAGAAAGACCCCAGAGUCCUUCCUGGGUCCCAAUGCUGCUCUGGUCAAUCUGGACUCUCUGGUGACCAAACCAGCCCAGCCUGCGCCGGUCAUCAAUCCGUUCUUAGCUUCAACAGGUGGCUCUGCUCCAGCUCCAGCAGCCCACGCCAACCCCUUCCAAGUGAGCCAGCCAGCCCCUCCCACCCUCAACCAGAUGCGCGUCAGCCCCAUGCCCGCCAGCUUCGGCAUGGCCGAGCCCAUGGCCAUCUCCUCGCUGCCCGCGCAGCCCAUCACCAUGGUCCCCCUGGCAGGCAUGACCCCCAUGGCCCGCGUCAUGCCUGGAAUGGGGGUCGGCACUGUCGGAGGCGUGGGGAUGUCCAUGCCCCAGCCGCUGAUGAGCAUGCCGCCCCAGGCUGGAACGCAGCCCCCCGGAACCACCAACCCUUUCCUUUUGUGAGGGGGCGUCCGGGGGACGACUUGCCCCAGAGUUACCCUCUCUCUCUUUCUCCCUCUUCUACUUUGGCUCCUUAAGAAGCUUCAAAACGAACAAGGAGAUCCCAUUUAUCCCUUUAUAACCAACUCCCGGCCAGGUCGUAGUCCCAUCCUGGCCUCCUCUCCAACUUAACACUCCUUUACUCCUUCCUCCUCCGUCUCUUUGUCUCAGUGCUACAAGCUGCCUAGUCCUGUGUGUUCCAUACUGAUCUGACGAUGAUGUUGAUGACCACAACAAGUUUGCAUCUAUCUACAGACCUACAGAGUAGCAGUGGUGUUUACAGUUUUUCCACAGAGGCGGGACGGUCUCUCCUCCCCCGUCUCCUUCACUCGCCUCCUCUCCCUUACUUCUUCCCUUAGGACUGCUCUUUUCUUCCUCUGUGGUGGAGUGACAGCAGAGUCUGACCAUACUAACGCCAGGAUCUUAUCUCUUCAGUAGAGCUAAUCUUUUAUAAGCCCUGUCAGCUGUUGUGUGUGUGUGUGUGUGUGUGAUUGUGUGUGUGCGUGUGCGUGAGUGAGUGAGUGUGAGUGCACAUCUCAGUACUUUUACACUGUGUAUAUUCCAGCGUGUUUUACUUACACACACUGGAGUACGGAUGAGAGAUGGUCAGAUGUGUUUAUACUCUUGUGUGUGUACGUCUGUGUUACUAAGCAGGGAUUUUGCACAAUUUUUUGUCUAUUUUUGUUUUUCUUUCUGCGACUGUUGGGCUCACCGUUACACCUUAGCUAAGGGAGGGAGGCUAGCCGCUAAAAAAAUGGCUCCGAUGACACACACUGCCUCGGCUCUCGGUACCACUCAGUCACAACUCUCGUCUGGUCACUUCCCGUCAACCUGGACCUUUUUUUCCCCCGACCCUGAACUUUGACCUACAGCGGUCGCGGGAUUAACAAUGAACUCUUAUCAAAGGGGGUGAACCCCUUGUUUUAGGGGUAAUUUUUGUCUGUAUGUGUGUGUGUGUGCUCACGCGCAGGUGUACUGUUAAUGCUCAGAUACUAACAGCCACAUGUUGAUGUAUUUGUCACUAAGUCUCCCCUCCAGUGUGUUUCGAGAAAAAGACAUGAACUGCGAUGGCAUCAGUAUUUUGCUAUCUGAACAUAUGGAUGCAGUGAGGCAUCGUGGGACAGUUUUUUUUGUUUCUUUUGAGUUUGUUUCUAGGGUCAAAGGGAAGAGGGCGGGUUGUGUGUGUGGUGUGUGUGUGUGCAGUUUGCAUGAGAGAUAGCUUCCAAGUGUACAUUAAUGAGCAAGUUUUUAUUUUCUCACUCCGUAAAGUAGAAACUGACUUAGAAAAGUUUCUUUCUGAAGUGUGAGUCCAAACAGGGGGCUUAAUGUAGACUGCAGCCUUAAAGGGACAGUUCAAGUUUGUUGAAUUUAGGUUGUUUGUGGUACUUUUUUUACAGUUAGUGUAUUAUGUAACAGUCUACUGUGGCUGGCACGUCCCCAGUUUGGAGUUUGCCAGUUCGACACAAAAGCUAAGCAGCGUGCUGCUGUGGGUCAGCAACAAAACAUAUUUUAGCCACUUAAAAAAAGUUCCACCAAAAAAAAAAGAAAAUCAAUGUCAGUAUUAGCGUGUGCUAUAUUAGUAUUUCCACAGCUUUACCUUCACCACCGACACUUCAGUUCCCCAGAUAUGCACUCGUCAAAGCCACCAGACUCCACUGACAAAAACAUUCAUUUUAGCUUUCUGAACAUGAGAGCUGCUGGUCCACUGCUGCUUUAGUCAGCAGGUUAGUUCGUCUUAUUGUGUGACUUUGGUGAAUCCAAACUAACGUUUUUAAACACCAGAGUCACACAAUAACACAC